CUCCAAUUCAGGAUCUGAAGUUUGCCUUAGACCAAGUAUGAUACUGUCCAAGCUCUGCUCAGUUAGUCAUUGCUCAGCCUGCCUCAGUUUGUUCUGGUUUCACGAAUUUGUGUGCUGAGCUGAGUUUGGCAAAGCAUGUCAUUGGACCAAGAUGCAGAGGCUGCUGGCAAACACCUGCAUAGCAAGAAGCCAACAUCUCCCUCCAUUUGCCCUGAAGGACAGCAGGAGCUGAGGACUGGAGUGAAGAGCCCAAGACCAGCUUUCUUCAAGAGUGUCAGUGUGCCAGAUCCUAGGCACCCAGCUCGAGAUGGUAUGUUGGUGACAAAGCCAGGAGUGUUCCAGCGACAGAACUCUGUCUCAAAGACCAUCCGCAGGGGCACAGCUGAGUGGUUCGGAUUGGGAACUGACUGUGAUUUGGAUCGACACAAUUGGCAACGUAAGAGCUGGAGACAUUGCAGCCAAAGGUAUGGGAAACUGAAAGCACAGUACCAGAGGAACAUGGGAAUUCCCAAUCUGGAAUCUGAUCCUUUUUUAACAGUGGAUUCACCAGAUCCCUCUAAAGUGCCAAAGGCUGAAGGCGUGGAAGAUGUGGAGCUAAAUUUGCCGAAGACACAGAAACAGAUCAUUGAUCCUUUUGCACAGGGCUGUGUGCUUCAAUAUGCUGACACUGUGGAUCAGUCUGGGACUCCCCACCCAGCACUGAUUCCUCUCAAUUCACUUGGUUCAUUUCGAAACUCCCAACCGGGAUAUGUGGGAAUGAUCCCCAGGAAACGGGAGUCUGUCGCAAGAAUGAGUCUGCGAGCAGCAUCGGCUCUGAUAACGGGUCAUUCUCUUCUGAGACCAUCUUCACACAGAAGAAUCAAAAGGAGCUUCGUAUAUCCCAGCAACUUUGUGGAAGAUGUCAUUGACAGUCCUGAGCCUCUGGACUCCUCAUUUUUUAGUAAGUUUGAUCCUCCUGACGAAGGUUACUCAAUGCAGGAUGAUGUGUUUGAAUCUUCAUCACCAUCAGAUUCCUGGCCUAGGAGAGACGUGAACUUUGCCAAGAGGCUGCAAGCAUCAUUAGAAUCCCAGACACAGGUGUUGAAAGGUGAGACAGAGUUCAGGAGAGGCAAACGCAUUGUGUCACAAGUCAAGCAUUUUGCAUUUGAUAAGGAAAGUCGUAAAUAUGGACUCGGGGUGGUCGGGAGGUGGCUGAAUCGUAGAUAUCGCCGAGCCCUGAGCUACAGCAUCCAAACCAAACUACACGAUAUCAGGAGUCACAGGCCGUAUUUCACUUAUUGGGUCACAUUUGUUCACGUUUUGAUCAGCCUGUUGGCGAUUGGGAUUUAUGGAAUUGUCCCAAUUGGGUUUGCACAGCACACGAGAGCGGAGCUGGUGUUGAGGAAUAAAGGGGUGUAUGAGAGUGUGCAACAUGCGCAGCAAGAGAACUUUUGGAUUGGACCAGGCUCGGUUGAUCUCAUUCACCUCGGAGCAAAGUUUUCUCCCUGCUUACGGAGGGACCAGUCCAUCACAAAACUUAUUGAGAAGCAAAGAGAACAAGAGAGAAACUCUGGCUGUUGUGUUCAGAAUGAUAACUCUGGGUGUGUACAGAUGCUGGAGGAAGAUUGCUCGGAAUCACUUGCAACGUUUGUAAAAUGGCCAAAGUUCCAGGCCCCCUACUUGGAAUCUACAAAUGGCAGUAGAUCAUCUGGGGCAGUCUGCCAUCAGGAUCCAAGAACAUGUGAAGAGCCAGCCUCUGCUGAACCACACAUCUGGAAGGAUGACAUUACACAAUGGCCUAUUUGCACUUACCAAGCAAAGAAGAAACAGACAGGCCUGAAACACCUGGAUUGUGCUAUCAAAGGAAGACCCUGCUGCAUUGGGACGAAGGGCAGAUGUGAAAUCACUACCAGAGAAUACUGCCAGUUUAAGGAUGGAUAUUUCCAUGAGGAAGCGACCUUGUGUUCACAGGUACACUGCCUGGAUGAAGUAUGUGGGUUAUUGCCAUUCCUGAAUCCAGAUGUUCCAGAUCAGAUCUACAGGCUUUGGCUCUCCCUGUUUCUUCAUGCUGGGAUUAUCCACUGCCUGAUUUCCGUGCUAUUCCAAAUGACCAUUCUUCGGGACCUGGAGAAGUUGGCGGGUUGGCUGCGCAUUUCAAUCAUCUACAUCCUGAGUGGAAUGAUGGGAAACUUGGCAAGUGCGAUCUUCCUGCCGUACAGAGCUGAGGUUGGUCCUGCAGGAUCGCAAUUUGGUUUGUUGGCCUGCCUCUUUGUAGAAUUAUUUCAGAGUUGGCCAAUCCUGGAGAAACCAUGGAAAGCCUUGAUGAAGUUGGUGGGAAUUGUCCUUUUUCUUUUUACCUUUGGCUUAUUGCCUUGGAUUGACAAUAUUGCCCAUAUAUUUGGAUUUGUUAGUGGUUUCUUGCUAUCUUUUGCCUUCUUGCCAUACAUUACAUUUGGCCAAAGUGAUAAAUACAGGAAGAUAAUAAUGAUCAUUGUCUCGCUUCUGGUCUUUGUUGGACUUGCAGCAUCACUGGUGAUCUGGUUCUACAUUUAUCCCACAAAGUGUCACUGGUGUGAAUACCUCACCUGCAUACCAUUCACCAGCAGCUUUUGUGAAAAGUAUGACCUCGAUCAAACCAUAAGUGAACAAUAAUUUGGAGCAUGCAGUUUCUGGAUAAAUGAACUUACUGAAAAAAAGGCAGCUGGGUAAUGAUCACAGUUAAUUUAUGCAAAUUGUACAGCCCAUUGUUAGUAAGAUUGAGAAGGUGAAUGGUGCUGUUACACUGGGCAUUUGGAAAGUGGAAUACAGUGCUUACUGUGUGAUAGUUUGAAAUGACAACAAUAUCAUCCAAUUGCUGCCUUAGUCAAUUACUCUGCUCCACAACUAUUCAACACAAUAACUCUGUUCUCAGUGUUGUUUGUUGGUUUGCAAACAUUGAUUGUCUUCUCUUGACAAAUCAAGAGGAAGAAACUAAUGUAAAUUGUGAAAAAUCUGCAUUUGCCUGUAACUUCCACUUCUGGACAAUAUAAUCUUUUUGAUGAGUCACAAAAUUGAUUGAAUGUUUGUUGGUGUAGUUGUAAAGGCAGAUUCUGUUGAACCUACUAAUUAGCAAUGUCUUUGAAGGUUCUGUGUAUGUUGAAUUUUUUUGUUAUUGAUUUUAUGUUUUUUGCUAGCUUACACUCAUACUUCAUUGUCACUUUCAUUAUGAUUCCAGUUGAUGUUACUCCUGGGCCAGUCAGAUCCCAGAAGGAAA